CCUGCUCUGUACACAGCGAUGUAUAUCGAUCGGGUUUGUGGUAGUUUUCCCUCCAUCAACUGUUAGUGGGCAUCUUUUUGCAGAGGAAUACUUUUCUCACACACCUUUGGAUGUCCACAGCCGUAUGCUAUCAACUGAAGGAAGAAGACAGACUCGAGCUGCCUUUCUGUGGCGCAUGUGGAGAUGAUGGGAAUCCGCUGGUACUGAUGGGAAUCCGCUGGUACUGAUGGGAAUCCGCUGGUACUGAUGGGAAUUUGAUGAAGCGGUCGAUUUCCUCUAACUGGAACUAGGACGCGUUUUGUUCUCAUGUCGUCCAUGCAAGCGGAAUAGCCAUUAAACACACAGACGUGUGGACAUUUUUCAGGUACAGCUGACAUUUAUUUACAGGUCGCGCGUUUCCCUCCUGCUCAUUUGGAUCGGAUGUCGGAGCGCAUUUGAUUACGCGCGUCAUUUCCAAACACUGGAUUUUACUUUUCAAGGGAGAAGAUGCCCUUCCAUCAUGUGACGGCAGGGCUGCUGUAUAAAGGCAACUAUCUGAGCCGCUCUCUGUCUGAACGCAGUGAUAGCGACCAGCUGGCUAGCAUCUCUGCUGAGGAACUGGACGAAAUCCGCGAGGCCUUUAGGGUGCUGGAUCGCGACGGCAACGGCUUCAUCUCUAAGCAGGAGCUCGGCAUGGCCAUGCGCUCACUGGGGUACAUGCCCAGUGAAGUGGAGCUGGCUAUCAUCAUGCAGAGACUGGACAUGGAUGGGGAUGGACAAGUGGAUUUUGAUGAAUUCAUGACAAUACUGGGCCCCAAACUUCUGUCCUCUGAAACACGGGAUGGCUUCCUUGGAAACACAAUAGACAGCAUAUUUUGGCAGUUCGAUAUGCAGCGGAUAACAUUGGAAGAACUCAAGCACAUCCUGUUCCAUGCCUUCCGGGAUCACCUCACAAUGAAGGACAUUGAGAAUAUUAUCAUUAACGAGGAGGAGAGCCUGAAUGAGAAUUCAGGGAACUGCCAUACAGAGUUUGAGGGAGUCCAUCCAACGAAGAAGAACCGACAGACGUGUGUGCGCAAGAGCCUGAUCUGCGCCUUUGCCAUGGCUUUCAUCAUCAGCGUUAUGCUUAUUGCGGCUAAUCAGAUGCUGCGUAAUGGAAUGGAAUAACAACGCCACUGUGAGCAGGGGUGUGUGGGCGGAACCUGCAUGUGCAUGUCCGUCAGAGACGUCAUUCCCUUCUGCCUGAACACGAAAAAAGCCUUCAACCUGCAUCCUUCAGACUAAGAAAACCAAACACCUCGUCAUAAGAACGGUGGAGUGUUUUCUGUCAGGAAUGGCAGCCAGCAGGGGCCAUGAUUUACUGAGUCCCAUCUCCACCUCACUGGCAGGGACUUUAAAGGGCUGACUUGUUCUCUUUUGUUUUUUCUCCUUUUUCCCAUGUCAUCCCUGUUCCCUCAGCGCAAUAACCCGUAGGAGUCUGCAAGAACCUCUCCAACAUCCAAGUUUUGUCUCCCAUUUUCAUCAAGGAUGUGAUGAAGAGCUGCUUCUAGGCACAGACAUGAUGGAAAAUGGAUCUUCUCACAAAGUAAAUUAGUAGUAGCCUCUUGUCUAAAUACUUUUUACUUUUUCUGCUAAUUACUGAUGAGCUUGUUUCUCCGUAUGAUCAGUAUGAGAAUCAAACCUGCUGAAAGAUUAUUCUUGAUAUUAUGUUAAUACCAGAUCAGGGUGUUUUUUUUGCUCAUGUGAUAUUAUUUGAUCUUAAA